AUGUCGUCGUCCACUGGAGAGCAGUCGCGCUUUGCGCUCCCUGCCAUCCCCAGCGGCAAGCUCUUCUCUUCAAGCCGCGAUCUGCAUCCUGACCUACAAUCGUCUUCCUCAUCCUCAUCAGCGUCCACCAUAUCAGUGGCACGCAAAGCUUCGCGCAAAUCGAGCUUGGAUUCGCGCAUGCAAGCUGAGCCGAGAGGCUCAGUCACUCACGCUCGGUCAGGAUCGAACAACAACUGGCCUUUUGGAGCUAAUAUCUCUAGGCGGCCCAGUCCCUCGCUCAAACCCCUUCCACACGUACCUAAGACCAGUGCCACCCUUCCAAUACCAUCAAACACGAAGGGAGACGCCGCGGAAUCUAGCAGGACACAGAUUGGUAUGGCUCACGCUUCAGCUCGGAGUGCGACUUGGUCAGUCCAGGAUAGCCCUCUUGCUGACGCGCGCCAAGCGCUAGACUGGCUAGAUCACUCUAUAGACUCCGGUGAUGGAGGUGCGACAGUCUCCAGUCGGGCUCCUCACGACAUCUCGGCCGUAUAUGCGCGUUCAGAUCAAGCGAGGAGAACCACGUCAGAGUUAGACGAGCAGGAACAGCCGACGGGACCAACCUACCUACCUGAAACCUCUACCGACGAGCAAUGUGCCCGCUUCUCGCCGUCCGCCCUUGAUGGCCCGACACAGUCUGGAAUCAUGCAGCCACCAGCAUACGACACGCACGCUUUUCAGCGAUCCCCACCUCCACUCUUUGGUGAGACGAGCGGUGUUAGAGCCAAUGCCAGAGGCCGAGGGCGUGGUGCACCGCCAGCGGCUCCCGGUGGCGGAAGAUUUCCUCGCUGGAGAGGAUGGCUAGAGAAGAGAGCGCUGGAUCGACACUACGAGAGGACUGGAAUGAAUGAUCCCGCCACGAACGUCAAUCGCAAAAAGAGCUGGGGCGCUGGAGUGCAUGAUCCAAACGCGAUCGACGAUGAUGAAACCGAACAAGACGGAGAUGUAAGUACCCACGAUCUGAGCCUUGAUCACUCGAGAGACUGCCGACCUGCAUCUUACAAGCUCGCGGACUCUCAGGAUACUGAGGAGCCUACCGUACAUCCGCCUUUGCACAUGCACCAAUAUGGCUUGCGCUUCAUCCCACACCUUCCUUCCCAGCCGCUCUGUGCCGCUUAUCUCGACUUAGACAAUCCAAAGGCGACUAGCAAUCUUCGGCUGGAUGGCAAUCGGCAGGCGCGCCACCCUCGUCGCAAGGUACUGCUGAUCGGCUUGAACGAAGGCCUUUGGGUAGCUCAGACACGCAGCGCUUCGCAGCGUUCGGGACGAUUGGGCCGACUGGGCCACGAUGAUGCGGCUAGCGGCUGGAAUGGUGACGUCAGAUGCUUACCAGUGAGUUCGGCACGGUGCGAAGCGGUACCUGCUGGCUCGCCGCUGAGUCUUGUAAGAGUGACAGGUUUGGAAUGGUAUGGGCGUUCAUCAACUCGCCAUCCUCAGCUCGCGACCUCCAGAAGGCCCUUCGGCAGCUCAGACAUCAUCCAACGCAGCUUUCUUUGCGCGAUCAGAUAACGGUAACUCUACAGAGCAAGACAUCCUUCUGGCCCUAUGCGCUGCGCCAAGCAAGCCGCACCAAUAUCGUGCGCACUCAUACAAUCGAUCCACCAGUUCUUUGGGGCAUUCCAGCGCAUUCUCCUCGGCGCCUAGCAUCGAGACUCAAGCUCAGAUGCGAGCCGGGCGGUUUGGGACUGGAGGUGGCGGAAGUAGCUCGGGGCCACCACCGCCAAAGGACGGCAUCGUGAAGAUGUGGAAUUUGGAUGAAUUUCGAAGGGUCGUCUCCUUUGCCCUCGAUGCUACUGUGAGUAUCACGGUCUGAAGCUUUGCACUGUGGCCGCUGAUGCUGACUUGAGCCAGCUGUGGUAUGUGGGCUGCUCUUCAGGGUGGGAAACCGUUGGACUUGAGCACAGCAGACGACAAGGGCGCCGCUGAACGCCACGGCAAAUCAAGACUGUCGUCUCGCAUCCGGCAAGCUUGGGCUUCGUUGGGAGAGCCGUCCUCGUCGCGAAAUGUUCGUUCCGCAAGACGAGGUAAUAGCGACGGAGAUGUGGAUCCAUUUUCUGUUGCUGACUCUAGUCUUGAAGCUCAGAAAUCAGCAGAGAUGAAUCCAUUGGCAUCCUCUAGAAGCCGCCGAGCUUCUGGUCUUUCGUUAGAAAGCUUCGCGUCGGUUGACAGCACAAUGCGCCUGGAGUCUGCCGAAGGCGCUGUAAGCUCUAGCAACGCCGCUGGAAGAGCUGACGCCGCUAUUGUGUCGGAGGGCUACUGGACAGCGCUGGAACUAGCAAAGCGAUCUAUUCCUAUCAAUAUGCCAGCUAGUGGUCCCCAUGCGACCACGCACGGGACGCUGGCAGACGAAACAACGGUCGCGGCUUCUUACGCAACGCUAUUUGCGGACGAGACUCUCGGUCCGCGACGCUCUGUAGAUGGGCUAACUGCGGCAUCCAAGGGCAAGGAGAGAGACAUGGCUGCCUAUUCCAAAGGCGCCCUGUUCUUCUCGGUCAUCGAAGCCAGCAAAGGCGCAAAGGCAGCCGGAACUUGGUACCUCGCCGUCGGCACCGCCAAGUCGUUGCUUGUAUUCGAAGCCACUCCGCCUCGACGAGGAUCGGGCAGUCGGUCGUGGAGCUUCGUGCGGGAGCUAUGGUGUCCGCCAACCUUUACGCCAAAAGCUGCAUCGUUUGUAUACUGCAGCACUCAAGCCGGGGCCGAAGCCGUGGGCUCGAGUGAAGACUUUCUCGUACCCGAUUCUCAACGACGCCAUGGUAGCGUACAUCAGACGCGAAAUGUCUCGAACACCUUGCGUCCUCUUCAUGGCAGUGGAGCAGCCGGCCCAAAAGGCUGGGAAGGCGCAGACUUGUCAUUGUUCGUAUCUUUCGGCAAACGUGCAGUUGUCAUUCGAGUCAGCGAUUCAGACGUGCGCGAAAUGGACCUGUCCAGUGGCGCUGGGCUCGAGGACAAAUCUUCGAGGACAAAUCUAGGUCAUUCUGGAAGCGGCCACGCGCACAACAAGCAUCUGUCCGUGGACGGCCUAGCCUCCUUCAGGAAGGCGAAGACCUCCUGGGUUGGAUUUGAGCCGGUGCAUGCGUGCGUUACCAUUCGAGAGGAAGAGACUGGCAACAAGGAUGUGGUGCCUUUGGUACGAGCGGGGUCACGGCAAGCCUCGGCAUCUGGACAGACAAGCCCCGCACCCCAUGCGGUGAAGUGGGACCCGACUGAAGCUGGUGCUGAGAGAUCGCAGCGAUCUCCGACAGCCAGAGACUUCCGAGGAUCCCGAGACAAGCGAUUGCCGAAUGCUCCUGCGCCGCAAGGACUUUCAUUUGAAGCUCGUGAACAGGAUGAAAUCGCCCAACGGCUCGCAGCGGUGCUUGCCGAAUCCGACAGCGAUGAGAGCGAGGAGGAGGAGGACUUUUCUUACGCUACGCCAAACACUCUGUCACAACAUGAAGGGGUCACCCUGCGAGAUGCUGGCUUCUCUCAGGAGAUCACAGCUGUCGAAGGCGUGCAAAGAGGGAUGCAAGAACCGAGACGCCCAAAACGUCAGAUGUCCAGUGUGCUUAGCAGAAGCGCGAACAGUCCGCCGAGCGGUACACAGCAUGUCAUCCAAGCGAGCUUGGCUCUCUUCUCGAAGGGCGCUGCGACGGAGAUUCUUCCGCUUCCGCUUCCCGCGAAUUUGACUUCUUGUCGUCCUAUAGCGUCGCUAAAAUGGACCAGCACGCCGCAGUCCGUCACAGCUUGGGCGCGGAUUGUUGGUUUGGAAAGGGCGAGGACGGCCGGUGCAGCGCAUAUCCUGGGAAGUUCGAGCGCUACAAGACCAUCAAGCCGCGAAAGCAAUGGCGAAGGGCUACAUCAGGUCACGCUGCACGUCAGCGUCACUCUCGUCGCUUUUCUACCGUCGCGUAUAGAGAUGAAGCGCGUCACAGUGCGCAAAGAAGUGGAACUUCCUUUCCAGUGCUCGAAAGAUGCGGAGCUUUCCCUAAGCCCUCCGCCACCCGCGUAUCUGGACGACUUGAAGGUGUCUGGCCCUGUGCUCGACUCUCGACUUAGACCAACGUUGGGUGAAAGAUGCAGCAGCGCUGAGGUGGAACACGAGGUGAGUCCAGAUCUGCUCAGGUCUUGCCAACAGACUCUUGCUGACUGCUGAGCAAUCCUUGGCAGUACCUCUGUGGGUCCCUUCUUGUAGCGCCUCAAGCCGGGGGUUACGCGCCUACAGCCGUUGGCCCUCAUCCCUGGCGACCAAACGAAGCAGCCGGUGAUGGAGGAGUGUGGGGCUUUGAUUGGCGCGGAGGAGAGGUGAGCAAGUCGUACAGUUCCUGCAUCAGGGAAAGCGAGCAUUCUUUGAUGUCCAAAUUUGAAAAUCCGCAGGAUUAUCGCCUGUUCUACGUCGGAGCAGAGGUGUAA